UUUUGACCGUCAAACUACGUCCAAAGCGUGAGAUUAUAUCGCUGCUUCCGACUCCAAGACUGUCGCAUUUCUUUCUCCCCAAACCGACCCUCGAAUCGCUGCCGCUGCUGCUGCUGCUGCUUCUGCGACCCGCCUCGAUCUAAGAGGGUUCGAUCGAUCCCGUCGAUUGCUUCUUCUUGCUGCUUCCUUUCGAUUCUUUCUCGGACCCCGCCGAUCUCUCUCCGCUCCGUGCUCCACUCGUGGGGAUCGUUGAAUAGGAAUCAAGAGUCUCAUCAAAACCUAGCGGCGGUUAGCUGAUCUCAGAGUCUCAAGAGAUUCAAAGAAUGGCAACUAAUCGCUUUGACUAUUCCACCAGCCCUGAUGGUUCAACCUACUCAAAUGGGCAACGUGGACCUUAUACAACCAGUUCGAUGGAAAGAUUAGGGAGCUUCCAUGAGGUCAUCGAUGUUUGCAUCCCAUCACCACUCACAAGCAUGCCAAGAUCUACUUCCAUACCAUCUCAAGGCGAAGCAUCUAAUCUUUGUCAAUCGCUUAUAUCUGACCUGAAAGUUUCUUUAUUUGAUCAUAAGUCUCCUCGACCAGGAGAGCUAAAGAGAGAAAUAAGUUCCAUCUUUGGCAUCUCCUCAGCAGAAUCUUUGGCUAAAACAAUUUCCGCAAGACACUUGCCUUCUUCAUCUGUUGAGGACAUCAAACGAAUGAAGAUUAACCUUCAUGAGAGUUCUGUUAAAGCGAGGAAUCGUGUAAAAGCCUUUAGUGAUGCUGCUUUGAAAAUUGAGAAGCAUCGCCAUAACUUAUCAAGGAAAUGUUCCCAACAAAAUAUUUCAUCAAGCGAGAGGCCUAUGGCAUUGACGCCAGGAGGAAAUAUUUCUAAGACAACCCCUCAAGGCCUGCCAACUGCAGCUAGUCUUGAGCCUGGGUUACUGAAGUCAGAUGAAAGGACCAAGAGUGCUCUAUCAAACAGACGAAUACGAACUACAUUGAUGAAGGAUGCAAGAGAUAACAGUAUUGGCAGAUCAUCUGGGUUGGUGGAUAGGGAUAAAGAUGUCACCAAAUUUGCAAAUGGUAAUUCUGCACUACCAGAAGAAAAAGCUCAAGUACUACGAUGUGCUGAUGGUUUGGCAAAGUCCAAGAUGAAGAAGAAGCGUUCAAUCGUUAAGUCAGAUAUUUCUACAAGCAUAGUUUUGGCUAGACCUCCAAAUGGUGAUUGUGAACCUAAACAACGAGGAAUACAGCAAAAGCUUGAUGGCAAACCAAAAAUGAACAACCACACUUUCAGUUUCAGAUCCAGUGAAUGUGAAGAAAAUUGUAGUUCUAGCCCUACUUCUAAUGCAAAGAUACCUCCUCGAGGACCAAGAUCAACUUCAGGUUCCUUGUCAAAGGCAUCUAGGAAUUUUCCACAAAAUUUUAAAAACUCUGAUGGUUGGGAGCCUCAAUGUAUUAGCAAGCUCAAUUCAGUCAAUGGGGCCAUCAACCGCAAACGGUCUAUAAGUGAACAGUCAUCAUCUCCACCUGUAGCACAGUGGGUUGGACAAAGGCCUCAAAAGUUAUCACGUGGUGCAAGAAGAUCAAAUUUAAGUCCCCUUACUUCCAACCAUCUUGACACCCCUUCUUCAGAUACAGUAGAUGACUCUAUCAGCAUAGAGGGUAGCUCAGGAUUUACAAGACGGUUAUCUUCUAACACUGUUCAAGUUAAGUCAAAGGGUGAAAAGAUACCAUCAGAGUUGUUGUCAGAAAGUGAGGAGACUGCAGUUGCUGUAAAUAAAAGAAAAGAGAAAAUUAAGAAAUCUGAAGUAGAGGAAAAUGUUAGUCAGACUCUACAGAAAGUUGUGACACUGGCAUCAACUUCUAAAAAAAGAAAGCUGGCUGCUCACAGGGAUCUUGGAUUUGGUGUCCACAGACAGGGAAGGGUUGUACGAGGUUUAAUGCCCAAAGGAUCUGGCAUACGUGCCUUAAUGGAGAAGGCAGAUAAUGCUGCCUCUUUAUCACAGGCAAGAACUUUAAGAGUUGGUUCAGAGAGGAUUGAGAGCAAAACUGGUAGGCCACCCAUCAAAAAAUUGUCUGAACAAAGGGGACGCUCUUAUCCACGACACUUGAUGAACGAUGCUUCUUUAGACCUUUUUGGGAAACCCAUUAAUGACCAUGAAGUGCUUUUAGCUGCAGCAAGUGCUGCUCUGGAUACAAGGGGUGCUUGUCCCAGUACAUUUUGGAAGACAAUCGAGCCCAUUUUUCGGUUUUUGUCUUUACAAGAUGUCACCUUUUUGAAUGAACAGAUUCAUCUUAUUAAUGAAUCUACUUCAGUGGGCCAUGUUGCAGAAAAUGAUGACCAUAUCUUGAAGGGGGAUCUAAAAUAUGUCCCACUGCAGUCAACUCCAAUCAAUAGAGAUUGCUAUGGUAUUGCAACCAAUGGUUUUGGAAUUAAUGAAUACGAGAAGGAUCUAGGGUUUAUUUGGCCAGAAGAGCAAGUUGAACCUUUUCUAGAGCAAUUAUUUGAUGGAAUUGGGAAGCAAAGAGGGAUUUCAAUUUGCCAAACACUUCUUUCAGCUAUUAUUGAAGAAGAGGAGAUCGAAAAUAUAAACAUUGGCAACUUCGAAGUUAGCUUCUUCAAUUCUUAUGGAAGUUGUUUUGAGCUUGAGGUGGAGACUAAACACAAUGGCCUGGAUUUGCAGACAUCAAGGACAAUGGAGUCUGCUGAGAGAGGUGUGGCUAAUGGUUUGAAGGUCAAUGCUGUUUGGAGGUGCUAUGAUCAACUAGCACAUCAGAAAUUGGGAGGUAAUGGUACAUUUCUAGAGGCUAGCACAUUAUGCACCCAAUUCCAGUACAAUCAAAUGUGCAUCAAUGAUAGAAUCCUCUUGGAGCUCAGUGAAAUUGGACUCUACCCAGAUCCUGUGCCUGACCUAGCACAGAGUGAAGAUGAUCUCAGUAGAGGAAUCAAUAAUCUAGAGAAAAAGCUUCAUGAGCAGGUAUUGAAGAAGAAGAACAUCCUCAGGAAACUAGAGAAGGCUGUAGUGGAAGCGAAAGUGUCUCAGAAAAGGGAACUUGAGUAUAUUGCUUUUGACAGACUUGUAGCAAUAGCAUAUGAGAAAUAUAUGGCAUGCAAGGGUGCUAAUGUUUCUGGAAGCAAAAAUGUGAAUGAACUUAGCAAACAUGCUGUAUUAUCUUUUGUAAGACAAACAUUAACACGAUGCCAAAAGUUUGAGGAUACAGGAAUUAGUUGUUUCAGUGGCCCGGCUUUCAGGGAUAUUUUCUCCUCUGCAUCUUCCCACUGCAGUGAUUCAGAAUGCACUGACUUCAAUGGUGAUGGAGAACCUGCUAAUCAUUACACCACUGUACCACAGUUGCAAAAUAAUUUCAUAGAUUGUAAUUCUAGCCUGACACCAAAAAAAGGUCAGAGAGUUGCUAAUGAUAACAAGUAUUCUGAUGUUUUUGACUCGGUCAAUCACUUAUCAGAAGAUUCACCUUGUAAGGAGGAACCAUGGUCAAAUAAAAUAAAGAAAAGGGAACUACUGCUUGACAGUGUUGUUGGUAGUUCAGCUCACUGUUCCUUUCGGACACCUUCUGGUAAUGGAAAUUCUCUUGUUAAUAGUACAAAGGGAAAGAGGAGUGAGAGAGAUAGAGAGGGAAAGGCACUAAACAAGGAUAUAUCCACUAGGAAUAGCUCUGCUAGAAUUGGUCGUCCAGCUUUGUUCAAUUUGAAAGGUGAAAGAAAGAACAAAACAAAGCCAAAACAAAAGAUGACCCAGUUAUCUGCUUCCAUUAAUGAUCCUUGUAAGGCUGCUUAUCUAUCUGGUACAGUGCUGACUUCAACGAAACCAUUUGAGGUAGUUGGUGGAAGUACCAAAAAGAAUGAUCUUGCCUUGCAUUCACAUUCUCUUAGGAUGCAGGAUAAAUCAAAUGAUUGUGAGGUCAUUGACUUGUCCAGUUUGCAGCUGCCAGAGCUUGAUGUUGGUGAUUUUGGAGGUAAUGGACAGGAUAUAGGUUCAUGGUUGAACAUUGAUGACGAUGGUCUGCAAGAUCAUGAUUUCAUGGGUCUUGAAAUACCCAUGGAUGACCUAUCUGAAGUUAAUAUGAUGAUCUAAAGUUGGUUUGUUUAUUAGUUGGGAUACCAUCUGGCUGUCACUUCUGUAAGUACUCUAUGGAUUCUUCUGGGAUGAAGUGCAGGAGGUGCAAUUUUUUUCUGAACAUUCUGAAGUUUUCUCCUGGUGUACCAGUUUAGUAACCUUAAGAAUAUCUUGUUUUUCAAGUUUAGAAACUUUGACUGUAUAUAUCUUAUUUUUCAUUUACGUGUUCGUUAAGCAAGCUGCAUUUCCUUGCUGGCUGUUGACCUGGAGAUGUUUGUAGAUACACAUCUUAAUAAAAAGAUUAUCAUUUGUAAAUAUCUAAAUUUAUGUUUUGAAAGAUUAAUAUUAAACAUCUACUUUGAGGUUGAUAUUCCACUUGA